AUGGCCGACGCUGCUCCCCCCGGCAGCAACCUGCCGCCCCCACCGCCCUCCGCCGGUCCUCCUGGCUACGACGGCCAGCAGGGCAACCCCCAGCAGCAGCACAUGCCUCCUCCUGCGCUCGCCCCUGUGAUCAUCCCGCAAAACACGAACCCCAUUCCGACGGCCAUCAGCUCUCCCAUGUCCGGCGGCGUCAUGUCUCCCGGCAGCGCCACGGGUCCUGGCUACGCUUCGCGCCGUGCCGCGCCGGAGCCCAACAAGAGGGCCCUGUACGUCGGCGGUCUGGACCCCCGUGUCACCGAAGACGUUCUGCGCCAGAUCUUCGAGACAACGGGCCACGUUCAGAGCGUCAAGAUCAUCCCUGACAAGACUGCCAGCGCUCCCUCGGGCUUCAACUACGGCUUUGUCGAGUACGAUGAUCCUGGUGCGGCCGAGCGAGGCAUGCAGACCCUCAACGGUCGCCGCAUCCACAACAACGAAAUUCGUGUCAACUGGGCCUACCAGUCCAACAACACCGCCAAGGAGGACACCUCAAACCACUUCCACAUCUUCGUUGGCGACCUGUCCAAUGAGGUCAACGAUGAGGUGCUUCUCCAAGCCUUCUCCACCUUUGGCCCCGUCUCCGAGGCCCGCGUCAUGUGGGACAUGAAGACGGGCAGGUCUCGUGGCUACGGUUUCGUGGCAUUCCGUGAUCGCGCCGAUGCCGAGCGAGCACUCAGCUCCAUGGAUGGAGAGUGGCUUGGUUCGCGUGCCAUUCGCUGCAACUGGGCCAACCAAAAGGGUCAGCCCUCCAUCUCCCAGCAGCAGGCCAUGGCCUCGAUGGGCAUGACUCCGACAACGCCUUUCGGCCACCACCACUUCCCCACCCACGGCGUCCAGAGCUACGACAUGGUGGUUGCCCAGACCCCCCAGUGGCAGACUACCUGCUACGUCGGCAACCUCACGCCAUACACGUCGCAGUCUGAUCUCGUUCCUCUUUUCCAGAACUUUGGUUAUGUCACCGAGACGCGCUUCCAGUCUGACCGCGGUUUUGCUUUCAUCAAAAUGGACACCCAUGAAAACGCUGCCAUGGCCAUCUGCCAACUCAACGGCUACAACGUCAAUGGCCGACCUCUGAAGUGCAGCUGGGGCAAAGAUCGCCCGCCCACCGGCCAGUUUGAAGGCUACUCGCCUGCAGGUCCGAGCCCAGCGUACGCUCAGACGCCCAGCGCGUACUUUCCUCAGUAUGGUGGCGGACCAGGUGGUCCCAUGUCACCUUCAGGACCCAGCCCCGGCGGACAACCCUUUGCUCAGCAACAAGCCGGCUUUGGGGGUCCUGGCAUGAACUACCAGCAGAUGCAGCCGCAGCAGAUGCAGCCACAGCAGAUGCAGCCAGGUAGUGCUGGUGGCUACGGUCGUGGCGCGCCCGCCCCCCAGCAGCAAUGGGGCCAGCCCGGCCAGGGCGGCUUCAACCAAAACGGCUUCGGUGGCUACCAGGGAUAG